AUGCAGUGGCUUCUUUUGCUACUCAAACUCAGAUUAUAGCGGGGACGUGACAGUGCACGGAGCCGGGGGGUUACUGUUGGAGACGCUACAAUACCCUGAAAAUACACAGAAUUCGGCCGCAACCAGUAUUACUCAAGGAAACGCGUUUCUGAUUUUUUUUUAUUUAGAAAAAGUUGUACAUUUUAACCUGAGACGCAAGCAUGUCCUGGCAAGGCUACGUGGAUAACCUGAUGGCCGAUGGCAGCUGCCAGGACUCCGCCAUUGUUGGGUACACGGACGCCAAAUACGUCUGGGCAGCACAACCCGGCGGCACUUUUAACAAUAUAACGGCCCAAGAAAUCGACAUCAUAGUAGGCAAGGACCGCGAGGGCUUUUUCACCAGCGGUCUGACCUUAGGCCAGAAGAAGUGUUCCGUGAUCAGAGACAGCCUCCUCAUCGACGGCGACUGGACCAUGGACAUUCGGACAAAGAGCCAAGGCGGCGAGCCCACAUACAACGUUUCCGUAGGCAGAGCUGGCAAAGCGUUGGUUUUAGUCAUGGGAAAAGAAGGUGUUCACGGCGGCCAGCUCAACAAGAAAGCUUUUCACAUGGCUGAGUACCUGAGGAAGUCUGGAUAUUAAAGCAGCCUCACCUCCAUCCACCUAGCAGCUCCAUCCUUACCCCACCCUGUUGCGUUGGCAGCGCUACCCGAUGUAGUCGGUAGAUGCUUCUUUUUUUUACUUUCUUAUCCUCUCCUCCAUCCUUUUUUGUGCCCCCCCCCCCCCCCGCCCCACACACCUUUUUUCUUUUCUUUUUUGUUAUUCCUGUUCCCAGACUCCUGCCUUCAUUUUUAUGUAUUUACACUGUGUACUCUCAAAUCUGUUCUGGCACUACAAUUGCACCAUAGUUAACAGUAAACAUAUUAUUGUGCUAUAGCAAAAAAAAGGAAGAUAUUUGGGGAGGGGGGAAAAAGACACUAAAAAAUUGGGCUGAUUUGCAAAUCUGGCCACGGUGUAGUGUACAUGCAGAACUUGUUGGGAAAUUAGUGAGGGAAACUCGUGAGGAACCGAUAUUUCACACACAGGUGCCUGGUAGUACAAUCUGACCAAUGCCGUUUUGAGCACUUUGAGCAGUUAUCCUGCUCAUAUUGUCUUCCUUUUCUAGCGCACGUCUGGGAGGGGAAACUGCAUGCAUAUCUGUUAGCUUAUCGAAGUGUCCCUAAAUCAUCGCGCCCCUUAACCCUGUCCCACACGCAAACACACACGCACAACCUUUCAACUCUGGCCAAAACUUCAGUACCCUUGCCCCCUUUGCCAUACUUUUCCUUCAUUGUAGUUCAUUCUUCAUUGUAGUUCUAGCGCUUCCUCAUUCAGAGGCCUGUUUUCCUUUAGUACAAACCAUAACACUCCUCCCCCUCCCCCCAUUUGCCUUCCAAUCAAAUUUGUUCUUGCCCUUACCCCCCCUUUUUUUUUCUAUUUCUUUUUUACUUUUUUUUUUUGAGUUGCAGUACCCUGCAUUGAAUGUUUUUUGCGACUGUACUUGGAUGUAGUCUUACGUUUGAUGGGUGUGGUGUUGGAUUAUUUAGAGAUUAAUGGCGAAUUGGCAUUGUUGAGAUGCAGGUAGGGUUUCCUCCCGUGACCUCUUCAUGACCUCCCUGACUCGAUUAUCUCCAUGGACAUUCCAUCGUUACAAUAGCUCAGGCACUUAACUAUUGUUUGCCAGCUCCUGUAAUAUAUUUACUUUUUUUUUUUCUUCUUGUUUCACAAAAAAGGCUGCCAUUUUGGACAGUUAGACAAUAUCCCAACACUACCAUCUGGCAUUGUGUCCAGUGUUGAUUUCAUAGGACCAAUCUUUAGUUGCAGCUUGGGGACUUUGCAGAAUUGCUGUAGAUCAUUGUAAAGGCGGGCCGGUGGCUCCAUUGGUUUGUUCGCUGCAGAACACUAACGUUCAUGACCCUGCCGAUCGACACGGCGAGAGAUUUGCUGCUGUAAUCGGCGCGUGCCGAUGGAACGGCCGCCGCCUCCUCCUCCUCCUCAUUUCUCAAUUGUUAAAAAUAAAUAUGGCCGACGAAUUGCUGCGUUUGACCCUGUAUAAACCCAUGCCGUGCAGACGAAACUGUGGAAUAAAUCGCCUUGUGCUCAAGUCAUCACCCGACGAUGUGGUAUCAAACUGUCUGUCGAAAAGCAUGGUACUAAAUGUUAUGUCCAGUAAAAAAAAAUAAAAUAAAAUAAUAAAAAAAAACCCUUAAAAAAAACUUUAAAAAAGUAUAGCUAACUGUAAUCACACUUAAUUAUGGGAGAUGGUAUUGGUUGGAAUAAGAACUUGGUUGUCUUGCGGAAACUUUAUACAGAACCCAUGUAUUCCUGUGCCAUAGUGUUGAGAGUUGAUCUGUUGCUAUUGUGAGAUGGAUACCCGUUGCCCAAGGAGUCCUUCGAAUGGCACUUCCAUUCGGGAUAUUUUGGCGUCAGCUCGAAAUGUUCCGGCCUUGUGGAAUAUGUACAGAUUAAAGCAAAUUUUGUUGCCGAUUUAAUGUUCAUUUCUUUCCCUAACCCAUCCUCCUCUUCUUCCUUACGCCUGGGAUACAAGUCAAACUCCUCUGAUUUAAUAUUACCAAUUUAAAAAAUGCCAUAAAUUGAUAAACCACCUUGUUUACAGACAGAUCAAAUAAAUUUAUUCCAACCAAAU